CUGUAUAUAAAAAGAAAGAAAAGAAAAAAAAGGAGAUGUCUGAGAGUGUUCCGGGCAUCCCCCGUGACCCACUCAACAGACCCGUGCCGGGAUCUCUUCACCGCAGGCGAGCACUGGUAAAGGGGUGA